AUGCCCAAACACUCUGGCUCCACACCUACCUCCUGUGGCACACAGGCCUACCUUAAGAAAAAGGAUUCAGAAGCCCUCAGAGCCUAUACAGAAUGUCUUUGCUUGGCUCCAGGAAACUCGACCAUCAUUCCAUUAGCAUAUGCUAACCGCUCAGCUGUUCUUUAUCAGAUGGCAAAAUAUGAGGAAUGCCUUCAGGAUAUGGAGCGAGCAGAAAAGACUGGCUAUCCUGCUGCUAUCUUCCAUAAAUUGUUGACUCGUCGUUGCUCAUGCUAUUUGAACAUGCAAAACAAAGAGAAAACUCAGCUGUCAUUGGAACAAUGCCGUAGGCACACAUGUAAUGUUCCCAUAGAAGCUAGAGAGAAAUUCAAAAAAUCAGUAGAAGAUUUAGAACAGAAAGCAUUAGGUAUUCUUGCUGGAUCAAAAAAUGUACCAAGCAUUUAUAGUGAUGUAGACUGUCCAGCACUAUUUAAUGGGGAAAACAUAACAGUGAAAUAUAUGAGCAGUGCAUUGGAAAUGAGAGUCAACUGUGAGUUAGGUCGUCAUGUAAUAGCAAACCAAAAAAUCAACAAGGGUUCUGUAGUAUUUGCUGAGAGACCCUAUGCUGCUAUACUCUUGCCUGAGUAUUUCUACACACACUGUCAAACCUGCUUUUCUCCUGUAUCAAACCCUGUCCCCUGCUGUGAUUGUCGUGAUGUUGUGUAUUGUAGUGAGCUGUGCCAGAGUCAGGGCCAGGCCUUCCACCAGUAUGAAUGUGGCAUCCUUCAUAUCGUUUCAUCUGUUGGCAUUGCACAUCUGGCCAUCCGCAUCAUCCUGGUGACAGGGUGGAAACUCCACUGUGACAUCAGGUAACUUAAAAGCAGUUAGUAUGAAUGUGA